UGUCUCCCUUGAAAAACUCGAUAACCGAUAACACGAACACAUAGACAAAAACAGUGUGUAAAUAGCGACGUCCUAAAUCAUCAGUGAAUGCAACUACUUUCGUUCUGCCAUCUUGGAUGUUCGCAGCCAGUUACUUCUGGUGUCUAAAAUCUUUUUCAAAAGGCAGAUACAUGAGGUUGAUGACAACGUAGUUAGCUCACCUGGAAGAUGGCGCUUUUUAUAAGAAGAGCUACCUGUUUACAAGCAAGCCGGGCUUGUGCAGGAUGUGUUCGUUUCAGAUACACCGCGGAAGCAGGCAAAGUGAAGGACGAUUUCAAGUCUGCAAAACCAUUCAAUGACAUCCCUUUUAAGAAAGGAUACCCAGUUAUAAACAAUAUGCUCGAAUUUGCUGGAAAAGUUGGGAAGAUGCAUGAAUUGAUAUGGUCUCGUCAUCAACAGCAUGGACCGAUAUUCAGAGAAAAGUUGGGCGUUUUAGACAGUGUCAUGAUUACCGAUGUGGAGGCAAUAGGCGAUUUCCUGCGCCAAGAGGGGAAGUGUCCAAAGCGGACCGAGGUACCUGUCUGGAUUCAGUACAGAAAACAGGCUGGGGAGGCUGAGGGAAUAUUUAUGGCUGGUAACGAGGACUGGCAGCGCAUGCGCAGUGUCGUAGACAAGCCUUUGAUGAAGAUCAAGACCGUUGAAAGUUACGCUGACAUUUUCAACACUGUUACCACCGAGUUUCUUGACAGAUUGGCGAGUGUCAGGGGCCCUGAUGGGGUUGUGGAAAACAUCGACAUGGAGCUCUUCAACUGGUCACUUGAAGCGGUCUGUACCGUGCUAUACAACAAACGGAUGGGGUGCCUAUCUGACAAGCGCUCUGGUGAAAGCGAAGAAUUUGUGAAAGCUAUCCGAGUGAUGUUGGAGACGACGGUUGAUAUAGGAGUGUUCCCCCCAACACUGGCCAAGAUCCUCCGGCCUUUCCGGUACAGAGCUUUCACCCGAUCGACGGAUACGCUGUUUCGUGUAGCCCGACAGUGUGUGGACGAAGCUAUGGUUAAACUGAAGUCUAAGACCGUGGACGAGGAGGAGGUUGGCUUCCUGGAGUACCUGCUUCUGAAGGACACAAUUUCCACCAAAGAAAUCUAUGCCAACGUCACGGAGUUAAUGAGUGCGGCAGUCGACACGACGUCAAACACCAUGCAGUUCCUUCUAUAUGAGGUCGCCAAGAACCCGGAUGUUCAAAAGAAGCUGAGGGAGGAGCUAGAGCUGUCGGUGCCCCCCGGGGAAAUCGCCACCCCCGAACAUCUCAGAUCUAUGCCCUACCUGAAGGCGGUUAUCAAGGAAACUCUCAGGUUGUACCCAGUCGGGAGUUAUGUAGGUCGAAUCAACCAGCAAGAUAUCGUUAUAAUGGGAUAUCAGGUGCCCAAAGGGAAAAAUGUUGUUGUGUCGUUGCAUGCGGUUGGGCGGUUGCCGUCACUGAAUGACGAGCCAGGGACCUUCCGACCUGAACGCUGGUUGAGAGAGACGAGAGAAGCCAGUGAUAAACCAGUUGCAUUUUCACAUAUUCCAUUCGGCUUUGGGAAAAGGAUGUGUGUCGGUCGACGUGUAGCUGAACUCGAAAUUCAACUCUUGGUGGCACAGAUGUUACAGAGAUUUGACCUGAAGCCAAGUGGUCAGCCACCCCCGGACAUUGUCCAGUUUGUGAUCACCAGACCAAAGGAUCCAGUCAGAGUCAAAUUUGAGGAUCGGCGAUCUCUGUAGAGUUUGUUUGGUGGAAUAAGCUGAUGAAUGAGAGAUGGAAUAUCAAGCACGAAUUGAUUGUUUAGCUAUAAUGACAAAAAUGCCUCAGUGACUUACAAAAGCAGCACAUAUUUGAUGGUGAAUUCCAAAACCGAGGUGGUAUGUUUCUGAGGCAGCAUGCCAUUGAUCCUUUGGAACCAGUGGCAGAUAAAUUUUAUUCAGUUACCAUGAUUCGCUGUUUUAUAGUAUGUACACACUUUGUUGACGUCACUUGCAAACACAGGGAACAUAGAAACAGGAGAGAGUUGCACAAAAUAUAAUAUUGCUGUUUCGUGACAUUUCUUUAUGCUGAUGAAAAACCUGUAUGACACAAAAGGAAUAAACAAUACAAUGGAGUGUCCAAGAGACUGUUGAACCCACUAAGCCAUAUAUUUAAUUACAGGGUCAACAAAUAUGCUGGUCCACCAGACAAAUGCAACUGACGUCAUUUCUAGAGAUUCGAACAUGCGCUCGUAACUUGAAGACGUCGUAAAUUGGACGAUGUUAUUUUUGAGAGGGAAUUGUUCCCUGUAGAUGUAGCUGGGCAACGUAGAUAAACGCAAUGGCCGAUCGAUCGCAUUCAGAUGUUGAAGAGAUACGACAAUCAGUGCUGGGUAAAAAGUUACAGAAAUUGACUUGAAAAUUGUGAGAAUAUCAGGGAAAUACCAAAUAUAGCCCCCCUGUACAUAAAUGGACUUGACCGACAUUGCCGAGGCCAGAUUGUAUUCGGGGAGUCAUCAUUAUUUCAAUACCGGUUAAUGUAUUUAAUGCUUGUACAUUUUCUUGACAUCCUUAAGAAUGCUGUACAAGAUGUCAUAUUAGAAAUAAACUACUCAUGGUUUAUUCUCCGUGCAACGUUUUAUUGUACGAUAAACAACUCCCACUCGUCUUUUUUUUCUUAAUUAGGGUAGAAUGUCGGCGUGUAAUAACUUUAUGAUAUAGUGCACAUGUGCAUUUUAGCAAUUCUCAAUGUUGAUUGGUCAAUUGAAGUCAUUUUACGUCACAGUGCUUAAUUGUUCAGGAUAAAUACGAUAUGACGAUAUGAUGUAUUGUAUAUGACGCCACAAAUUGAUAACAUUACGUCAUUUGAACAAAAGGCUGCCUUCAGACUUUCCUUCCACAUCAAGCUGACACGCCGUCAUAUAACUGCAGUACUAUUUAAAGCGGCAUUAAACCAAACUGAUCCACUAUCGCUUAUUAUUUAUCCGACUGCUUGUUUGAUCCAUCAUGUUUAAUUCUGAUGCUGACCAUAGGAUUAUUGCAUGUAUUACUUCUUUUCACCCUGUAGUUAUCAAAGAGUCUUGAUUGUUGGUUUAAUAUAUGAUAUACAUUU